AUGAUUCGUCCUUCACUAUCUCUCUUUGAAAAGCUUCAGCUAAUAUUUGCAAUGCUUAAUCUGAUACUCAGUGUUUUGGGAAGCGGGGCUUCUAUGAAAAAAGGGGGAGAGGAAGAAGAAAAGAUCAAGAAGGAAACUGAUCGGAAAGAUAAUAAAGCUUCCUGUUUAGGAAAAGGAAAAGGUAAAGGCAUUUUAAAAGAUGAAAAUGAUGAAAAUCUGAUGAUGACCAAAUCUGAAAGGAUCAUAAUGGAGAAACAAAACAAAGAACUUUAUGAGCUCAAUGCUCUUAAUAAGAAGUUUGAGGUAGAAGAAGUUGAGACCAAGAAUGCGAAACUUGUGCUUGAAACUAAAAAAAUAUUUAUUUCCAACUUGGUCUCUGAAGCUCAUUCAAAAGGAAGCCAUAGAUGA